UUGUACGCCACGGUUCGGGUUUCUCUUAGGCACGUGUAACUUGACAGGUGACAAAAAGGUAGUGGGUGCAUCACGUGACCGUGUGAUUGGUCAGACCAAACUGUUGUCAAUCAUUAUUGCGCGUUGCACACAACGAAAAUAUAUUUCUCAUCUGCGGAGAAAGAAAUAGACAAUUCGAUUAAAAAGACAUUCAAGACAUUUUAUUAUGCAACGUUUAACAUCGUAAAUCGCACGCUGAAGUUUAAGAAUUUCUGAUCGUAAAUUUGUUCGCGACAAAAUUGAAAUACGAUGUUCAUUCGAUACGGUGCAAUUAUAACUACGUUGAUGCGAUUGAUUAAAUGAAAAUAAAUUAAAUUUAAUUUCAGGAAAUGCGCGAGUGAUUGCGACUACACAUUCAAUCGAAUUAAACACUGUCAGGACAAAAUUGAAAAUGGAUUAUUAGUUGUCUAUAAAAGAUUGAAUUGUUCUCAAUUCAUUAGAAUAAAAUCAUAGUCGCAAAGUUUCGUAUUCGUAAAAAAUAUGAGGAUCUUGAUCGUUUACAUGUGUAAAUAAAAUCUUGUCUAAUUAACUAGCAGUUUAUUAACUUGAUUUUAGAAGCAAUUAUUGAAAUAAUUGACUCGUUAAUUUCAAAAGAAAGUUUUUUCAAACUUUUCCGAACUUUAACACUUUGAUACGAGAAAUGAUUCGAACAAUAAAAUUUUUGCUAAAUAUAAUAUGAAAUAGAUAAAUUUCGUUUUUUAAAAAAAUCACGCGUGAAAUAUUUUAGAUGUUUGGAUGUUUACGUUAAUGGCAUAUCUGCUAAUAUCAAAACAUGCGAAGUAGCUCUCCAUUUGAAAUUGGAUGGCAACUAUUCUGAGCGUGCUUCAAACUUUUAAUGAUUUUUCUCGCAAAGUUGAGAGUGCGAUUCUUGGCAUUGCUCUAGACGCGUUCUUCUCUCGCCUUGCCAAUUCAUAGAAAAUUUAUUGUACAAAAUUGCACGGAGCAUUGAGAAUAGAAUUCUAUAGCACAUCGUAGGAUUUCCAUCGAGGUAAUGAGAAGAGAACAUAUAGAUAAUUUGAAAUAUUAAUUUAGUGGUUUAUUCAAUAGAUAUCGACACUUUUUUCUUUUUAUUACAUUUAUAUAGAUAAACUGCUAUUCAAGUAAAAAUAUGCAAAUUUAUUUAUUCAUUUUACACGGUUACUUUACACAUAAAUAAAUCGAGUUCAUUAAAUAAGAAAGUCGCAAAAUCAUGUUUUACAAGAACAAGAAAAUUAAUAACGGGCAAGAAAGUAAUUUUAAUUAGUCAUGUGAAGACGUGAAAUACCCAAGUUCUCAGACCUAGUCGAAGACCAUAGAAGAUAAACAUUUGUUCGAAGCUUUUCGCAAAUGAACUUACUAUCCGAGCUAUUCGAUGAAGAAAGCGUUAAACGAAAUCCCCUUUUAAGUGACGAAGCCAAUCAGGAUGUUUCGUAAAGCGGAGCUAUUUCUCGCGAUCUCUUUAAGAGCUCUUUCCACAUCAAGGUAAUUAAUGGUGAAUAUAGGGAGACGAAAGACUUUAUGAUGUCACUUAACGUUUCUGACUCGAUUAAAGUGACAGUUACAUUAAAAUUACUCGCAAAAACGACGAGCGAGAUUCGUGACGUAAAGCAUCAUCGCGUCCUUGCGCCCUCUAAUGCUGCGAUUCCUAAUGGAUUUUCUCGAGCUGCAUCUCGACACUCGGCAAUUUCUCGAAAUUCUGAUCGCGAGAAUCGUCGUGCCGGCACGGCCGAUGUAAAAUUGAAAUUCCUCUUACGAAAACGCAAGAGGGAGAUCGACGUGACGCUGCUCCGCGCGAUCCGUUCUUCCAUGUAAGGCCUGUAAAUAUGUAACUUAAUCGGGGAAGCGCGGCAAAUCGCCGGGAAGUGGAAGUACGUGAUAGUGUAAACUUACUCGAGUGUACAUGAGAUACGUGAUCGCGAGGGGAUUUAGUAGUAGCGGCUGGCCUGAAAAGUGGAAAAGAACGUGGACGAGAAAGUAGAGGAAGUCGCGUUAGACAUAUAUGAGGGGAUAGACAUAUUAACGACACGAUGUCUACCAUCGCUUUUGAAAAUUCCUCCUAUUACACGACGGCGAUCGGCAACAGUGCGCUCGACGGAUUCUCAGUAAUCGAGCCGGAGAACGCCACUUCCGCCGCGCUGUACAUGCUGCCUGCUUACAUCCGAACGACUUCGAUGAUAGCCUGUAUAAUCGUCAUGGUUUUGGGGAUAAUGGGCAAUUUAAUGGUGCCGUUAGUCGUGCUGCGGGGUAAGGACAUGAGGAACAGCACCAACAUCUUCCUCGUGAACCUGAGCUUUGCCGACCUUUGCGUGCUCGUGAUCUGCACGCCCACCGUGUUAAUCGAAGUGAAUUCCGGACCGCAAAUCUGGCCUCUUGGAAAGCACAUGUGUAAGGCUGUUCCAUUUGUAGAAUUGACUGUGGCACACGCUUCGGUGCUCACAAUUUUAGCAAUCAGCUUUGAACGUUAUUACGCAAUUUGUGAGCCAUUAAGAGCAGGAUACGUGUGCACAAAAGCGCGAGCGACCUUCUUAUGUGUCUUGGCGUGGGUAGCAGCGGCGUUAUGUACAAGUCCAAUGAUUUGGGUAUCGCAGUAUCGAGAAAUGAAGAUGAUGACAGGUCACGGCGUCGCGCAGGUCAUCGCUGACGUUGGGAGCGAUCAGCAAAUGACGAAUCAGGCGAAUCGCGUGCCAAUGUGUCUGACACAGGCCGACACCGUUGCUAGUGUCACAUUCUUCCUAUUACUGAUAUUGCUCUUCUUCGUCGCGCCGUUCGUGAUACUCGUGGUGCUCUACUCGUUCAUCGUAAAUCACCUUGUUCGUGACUCGUCCGGGACCACCAGCGACUCGUAUCACAGCCGUGCCAGGAAGCAGGUGGUGUACAUGCUGCUGACUAUAGUCAUAAGUUUCUUCGUGUGUCUGUCACCCUACCGUCUCCUCAUCUUCUACAUCGUGAUAGCGCCCGCCGAAGAGAUAGCCGCGAUCGAUUAUGACACGUUCUUCGGGCUGCUCAAUUUCUGCAGGAUCAUGUUUUAUUUGAACAGCGCCGGCAAUCCGAUACUGUACAAUCUGAUGAGCAGUAAAUUCAGACGGGGUUUCCUCAAACUGUGCGGUUUUGCGAACGAAGAGAGCUCGCAUCUGAGAAGCAUGAUCGUCGGCGCGAGAAGAAUCGCGGCGAAUCAGGAGGAUCCAGAUCAGGAGGAACAUUUUUUGUGAAAUAUACAGCAAGAAAUGCAAUAUGAUUUGUGACUUGCUGUCCAAUACGAUGCAAUAAUACGUUUCCACGUAUAAAAGAUCAAUGACGUGUUAAUGAAAGUGUCAAUUGAUAUCAAACAAAAUGUUAGCGUUGACAUUUUUACAACCGGAAAACUAGGCUCAAUUUGAUAUGCUUAUUAUAAAACAAAAUGUGAAAAUAUUACAAAAUUACAUACAUAUAGUAAAACGAUAUGAAAAUAUUAAAAAUAAAGAGAAAUAUAGAAGUAUCGGACAGGUAUAUUUAUUGGAAAGAAUAUGAAAACAUUGAGAAAUUAUAAAUAUAGUAUUAAUGAAAAUAGAAAAGUAUUGGAAAAUUAUAUUUAUAAUAAAGAACCGCGGAUGCAUUAAGAAAUGGGUAACGUGUUUUUAUUUGGACUCGCAAUAAAAAUCACUGGAAGAAACUUAAGACUGAAUGAAAAAAAGAAGAACUUCUCUUUGUGUUAAAUUGAAUGGGACUAUUGUGAGAAAAACUUUUGACAUUCUAAGAGAUAUUCAACUUCGUAGACUUUUGCGAAAGUUGUACACAAGAAUUGAAAGAUUGGUACGAAUAAAUAAAAAGUUUCGAAAAAGUAA